AUGACAUGGCUCAGCGACCAUCUCCUGGAACUUGACAGCUCCGACGAGAGAUCGUUUAGCCACGAAAUUGCAAAAUGGUGCUUCUUUGUUAAGGACGCCGGCUAUGAUAGUACCAAUGUGGUCGGAACCUUCGAAGAGUGGCUCCAUGAACACAGUCACGCUGAGCCACUUAGUGCGAGGCGGCUCGCUUUGGCUGAGCUUGAGAUCAAGAAGUUUUACGAUAUUCCCACGAAGGCACCCCGCCUUGUCCCAGCAGACGAGCCUUGUCAGCCGUCGCCUCCACCGGAGAAGACUCUGCAGCAGUUUCCCUCAAUGAGUGAGGCGUCCGAAGUGCAGCCUGUCGAUGGUUUUGGACAGAUCCACCCCGACCGCCUCAAGCUGUCCAGGUACGGUGACACUAAGCAUGAGGAGGGCGAAGUCAUUGAUGUAGAUGACUGGCAAUGUCCGGUCGUUGCCAUCAGCUCCGACGAGGACGUGGAUCCUCAAACAAAGAACACUAUGUCCUUCCUCACCGGAGCGAACCGAAUGGUCUUUGGUGAGGACGAAGCCAUUAUGACCACUGACCUUCAGGGAAAGAAGAAGAAAACGAAGAAAGCGAAGAAAAGCAAGGCACAGGCCAUGCAAUCAGGGCCUACUUCGAUUCAAACCCAAGAGAAGAACAAGGCUUCCUGCGGUCGUUGCGGUGUCCCUGGACAUUACCAUAUGCAAUGCCCAACAAACCUCGAUCCGUCGUUUGACAAGAGUCCGCCCAACGAGUACAAAUGUAACUUUUGCAACAGAUACGGUGACCACUAUGCCACAGUCUGUAAGAGGAACAUGAACCCUACAUCUCUCACUCAGCAGAGAAAGCGAUUUGCAGAACGAGGUCGUCAAUUCCACCCAAGCAGAGGUCGGAGUAGCUCGCCUUUGAGGGGGCCGAACGAUAAACGUCACAUUGGAAGGGAAAGAUCACCAUACAGGGUACCCAGAGACAGACAUCGUUACGAUAGGGAAAGUUCACCCUACAGGGAGUCAGAAACCAGACAUCACGUCGAUAGGGAUCGGUCGAGAGAGAGGAGGAGGUCUCGGGAGAGAUGCAGAAGAAGGCGUAGUAGAUCCAAAUCCAGAUCUCCUUCUCCUCCCCGGCAGGCUCUACCGAGAAGAGACAACCCCCGGGCCUUUAAGGAGUAUCGGUUGAAACACCCGUUUCGCCGACCGAGCUUUCAGAAACUAGAACCAUCUUCUCCGCCUCAGUUAGGGGCCCCAAACUACGGCGAUGCCUUCGAACAUAUGCCCGAUGCGCCCUAUCGACCUUUGGGUUCACGGCCCACGGAAGUUAAAAUCCGAGGGCGAGGAAGUUCUCUAUACUACGAUGACAAUGUGAAAGGAGCUAUGCCAGCUUCUGUUUACGGAAAUGAGGACCUGAUGUCCCGCAAGACGCAUCAGCCACAAACGCCGGCGCCCCAUCAGGACGAUUACGUUUAUCGCCCAACAUUGUAUCAAGGAUCUUUCAUCACUGAGCUGACAGAUUUGAUCGCCAGCACCACCGUCUCGCCUCCGGCACGAGCUCCUAUGAAGAGUAGGCUGCCAGAGGUGUUCAAAAAUGACUUGCGGCAGUCUUCUGGAUCGUGGGUGAUCGAGCCGACCAUGAACACUACUUUGGUUAAACCGGAGUUAGUUCCACAUAUUGUGCGGGAGCCCUCACCUCCCGUGGAGCUGGGUGUUACGGAGAAGAGACUUGACGGUCGUCAUGGUACUCGGUAUCAUCCAGCCAUCUUGGAGCUGUUCAAGAACCGAAAGAAUGUCUGGGUUAACAAGAUUGACAAAGCUAUGCGCAGCCAAGCGUCUAGUUUUUUCUGGGACGCAGACCCCAAGGACCUGGAGGAGGAACUGGAUGUUUCAGCUGAUACGAACGCUGAAUCGGCCAGUGACACAGUCAUGACGGAAGCCGAGCCCGUUGCUACGGCCAUUGAUGAGGCUAAUAGUGAAGCUACGCCUGUUGCGUUGUUGACUGAUGGCCCCCGACGUGUCGAUUCCACGCCGGCUAUCGAUGUCGUGAUGGAGAAUCAUACUGAAAUGCAGAUUCUCUAUCGCGAUGAAGACGGAGCUCAAACUCAUCACCCCUGCGGCGACGGUCGCGUUGGCUUCAAGCCACCUGUCGAUGCUGCAAUGGAGGAUGCUGAGCCUCUUGGAUUCUCUGCGGCUGUUGACGUCUCUGCAAUUGUCGAUGAAGUGAUCGCUGAAGUGGCGGCAAAGACUACCUCCGGGUUGGUUGAGAAGGAGUCGCCUUCUAUUGUGGCCACAGCUCGCUCGGAGACCCUCAGUUUGCCCAACACAGUCAACUUGACUUCGGCUGAGAGCGCUGAUAUCGUCCGCAAAGUCAAGCCUGGGCAUGGGGCCACAGUACAUGACCAUGAAAAUUGCACGCCAAUGGAGGGCGCAGAGGAGAUUGGAGACAAUAGCAAAUCUGAGACGGCCAUCAAGGACGUGAUUCACGUUGAAGCGGACCUUGAACCUGUUGAGGUUACGAUUUCUCAGCCUGAAGAUCAAGUGGACGUCACAGUCUUCGAGGGGUCGAAGGCGCAGUAGUGUCUGCACUUGACUCCAGGCCAGUCUGUUGACAGGUUGGCAAGAUAUGCUACGGACUUACUUGGAUCAUGGCGUCAAAUACCUCUUAUGGUCUCGUUUCACGAUUCGAUACAGAUUGCAAGCAAGCAAACAGUUGUUUAGAAUUGAAACAUCCCUUUGGUGCAUGUCCAAGUCGACGAACGUCUCUCCAUGGUCAAAGUUAAUUCUGCAACUUUUUUUUGGUGACAACGGCAGGUAGAUACCCGAAUUUUUUUGCAGCGCAGGGUUCACUUCAUGGCGAGCACCACACAAUAGUGUCAAUACCGGCCAUUGAGGCUCGCUUCGUUGCUGAGCUGCAGAGACGGUUCAUUUAUUUGCCACUGACGAAAACUUCAUGCUUUGGAAGAGAACAUCGGAAGCUUCUCAGGCAGAGUCGUGAAGGAACACCAAUAUUUCAUAGAGCAAUGCGUUUCGGAUCUCGCGACGCGGUGUCUUUGUAAGAUUAGUUGAUCGAUUACUCUAAGUAUAAGCUCAGAAGCCCUGAUAUAUAAGGGGCUGUUGGUGUGGUAGAAUAGGCAGCUUGCUUGUUCAGUGUUUGCUGAACAUGUUCCUGCCCCUUAUGUGUGAUAUGGGUAUAUGUAACCACCUCUUCGCGUCCUUCUCUCUUGUCAUCCCUUUUCGAUGCUUGGAUAGUCGGUGAUCGUUUCUCUCAUUGGAAGUGUGGACGGCAGGGGUUGACGUCUACUAACCCAAAGCUUUCCCGUCCGAGGGUCGUGGUCAUGUAAGGUCCAGCCAGCUCAGCUCUGUGUUGAUGGGGUCGAGGGUCUGGGUCGUUCGAACGAUUCCGGCAGAAGGUCAGACCUCGUUACUGCACCCGUAUGUUCGGCUGGAAUUGCCGAGAGCCGUCCAAGUGCGGAAGUCAGUAUUCGUCGUC